AUGGAAAGUAGAGUGAACUCGGUGAAGUAUUUACAAAGUAUCAAUUUUUCGCAGCUGACAUUAAAUGAAAAGAUCGAAAUAAAAGCAAAAGGAAGACAUACACCAGUUUUAUCCAUUCUACAGAGAAGUACAAGCAGGAGCAAAGAAUAUACACGUCAGUUUAACAUCAGUGCGUAUCAGAAAUGUGAAUGGCUCUGUGGUUGUGAUGAGAAAAAUGCUUUAUUUUGCUUUCCGUGCUUAGUGUUUGGUGGUGACCCAUCAUGGACAAAAAGUGGUGUGGCUGAUUUGAGGCAUUUACCACAGAAGAUAAUGAAACAUGAGCAGUCGGCCAAGCACAUGAAUAGCGUGAUUGAUUUAUUAAUGCUGGGUAAAGUGAACAGUGUAGCUCAAAUUGAUUCAGCAUACAUGCUUUCAGUUGCAAAACACAAUGAAGAGGUGGAAAAAAACAGAAAUGUGUUGUCCAAAAUCAUAAACUGUGUCAAAUUUUGUGGAAAAUUUGACCUACCUCUUAGAGGGCAUGCUGAAGCUACGAGCUCCAAAAAUCCAGGGAUAUUUCGAGGCUUAGUCGAUUUUGCCUGUGGCCUGGAUUCCAGCUUAGAUGCACAUAUACGUAAUGCUACAGUGUUUAAAGGACUAUCAAAAUCAAUACAGAAUGAACUUUUAGAAUCUAUGUUAGAAAUCUGCAAAAAUAAGAUCAAGGAAGAAGUAAAGAAUGCAGAAUAUUUGGCAGUUAUGUGUGACGAGACAACGGAUAUUUACGAUAAAACGCAGAUGGUAAUUGUUCUAAGGUAUGAGCUACAAGGAAGACCUGUUGAGAGGUUUUGGGGAUUUUUUAACUUAAUCAAUAAGACAGUAGAAGCAUUAUCAAUUGUAUUAUUGAAAGAGCUCCAGAUUUUAAUUGGUGAUUAUCCACACAAACUCAUUGCUCAAACAUAUGAUGGUGCAGCUGUUGUUAGUGGUGCUAACAAAGGUGUGCAAACCAUAGUGAAAGAAGUAUAUACCAAUGCUCACUUCAUCCACUGUUAUGCACACCAACUGAAUUUAAUUGUUGAGCAGGCAGCAUUACAAAAUACUGAUGUUCGAGUAUUUUUUAACAGCUUGUCAGGCAUACCAGCAUUUGUUUCAAAAUCUCCACAAAAAGUAGCUGCAGCAGCUGGUGUUAAGAGAGUUGUGAAUGAUCCUGAAUUUGAGUUUUGGUUGGAGUUUUUCUCCAAAGUAAUGCCUCAUGUUGACAUCUUGUUUUCUCAGUUUCAGUCUAGAAAUAUUGAUGCAGCUAAGGCUAAUGCCUCUUUAAAAGCUUUCACCUCUGCAGUUCAUAAAUUAAGAGAUGAAUGUGAUGCUUUUGUGCCACCACCUGAGCCAAAGAGAAGAAAAUUUAAUACAGAUAGAUUAGUCGCUGCAAAGGAGGUUUGUGACGUAAUUUUAUUGCAGUGCAGAGCGAGGUUCAGUUUCACUAAUCAUUUGGAAGCUAGCAAGUUACUUUUAGUGAAUCAAUUUCCAGUGUAUACCAAAGACUUCCCUAGUACUGCACUUGUACAAGCAGUUGCAGCCUAUCCCAUGCUUGAAAAAGACAAAUUGAGAACUGAACUUAGUGUACUGUACACAAGAGAAGAUUUGUAUAAGUCAGAAAACCUCAUUGACUUGUUGGAGAUUAUGAACAACAAUCAUUUACAGUCAACAUUUUCAGAAACUGUGAAGCUACUGAAAAUUUUAAUAACAACUCCAAUGAUAACGGCAGAAGCAGAAAGGUGCUUUUUAACUUUGAAGCGCAUCAAAGCUUUUUUGCGCAAUACCAUGGUGAUUGAGAGACUAUCUGCUCUAGCAAUGAUAUCAAUUGAAAAUAUAAUGAUAACAGAAAUUAAGGAUUUUAAUGAGAAAGUAAUAAAUCAUUUUGCUACAUUGAAGAGCCGAUGCACUGAUUUUCUUUUCAAGUAA